CCUUUUUCAGUACUCUACUGGCUUGAGCUAGAGAGAGGUCGUCGAUCGUACGCGCAUCUCUAACCACGAUUUAUCGAACCAGUGCACGCAGAUUACGGUCCUCCUUUCACUUCUUCGUUUCCUUAAUCGCUUGCCUAGCUCGUUGCAGCUAUGUUCGAAGAUGCUCGGCAAGCAUUAACGUUCGAUAAAGAGAUAAGACGGACACAGAUAUAAUUGAAUGGUGCAUGUGGAUGGUGCAUGGAUUUCUCUUCUUGAGAUCGUUGCCGUGUGAUAUGGAAGCGUGAGAAGAUACAUAUACGAGAUAUACGAGCGUAUGUAAAAGAGAGAAAGAAAGAGAGAGAGGGAGAGAAAGAGAGAAGAAGAGAAAAAAAGGAAUGUUUUAUUUGGGGGUUGCAUAGUUAUCAUUAUAAUUAUCAAAGACAUUAGACGGAUGUUCUCAUUGAUGUUGUGGUUGGCACGGUGAAUUCACGAACGUACCUAAGGGAAAAAAGAGAAAGAAAAAGAAAAAGAAGAAGAAGAAUAAAAAGAAAAAUAAGAAGAAAAAGAAAAGAAGAAAAAGGACAAGAAGAAGAAGAGAGAAAGAAAUAUAUAUGUAGGAGAAGGCCCAAAACUGGCGUCCCAGACUCGCGAGGCGGGCUCCCGCUCGGCAACUUCCCGCUCCGGUUCACGUUCCGGUUCACGUUCCGCAUCGCGCAGCUCCGGUUCGCGGCAUCCCGGAAGCGGGACUAAAACUCGCCGGCGUACUACUCCACCUUAUUCUUCUUCGGCGACGAUAACUACGACGACAACGACGACGGCGACAACGAAAACGGCUCGGAGCAAUGGCGGCUCCCUCUCAAGCAGAGGAAGCGCUAGCGGAACGCAAUGCGGCCUUUGCGCUGUCGUCGCCGCACUUUUUCGAAGGGCGAUGUGUAUCGCCGGUAGUAGACGAGGUUCUGGCGAAUCUUGUUACCAAGAACUCGCUACCGAUCUUCAUCAAGAAUUAUGUUCUUCCUCGACGAAAACGACGAAAACGACGACAAGCACUACGACAGCAAUGGCGAUGGCUAUGGCUAUGGCGACGGCAACGGCGACAACGACCACUACUACUUUGUCGGCUACGACGAUGACGGCUAUGACAAAAAGCAAAACGACCAGAACAACGGCUGUUACAACAGCCAGCAUCACGGCAAAGGCUAUUACUACUACUACUACUACUACUACCACCACUGCUACUACUACUACUACCACCAUUGCUACUACUACUACUACUACUGCUGUUACUGCUACUACUAUUACUACUACUACUACUAACACCACCACUGCCGCAGCCGCAACCGCAGCCGUCGCUACUACUACGAUUGCUACGUCUUCUACAACGACGCAUCCUCGUUAUCUUCGAGUAAGCUUGCCGACGGAGACGGCAUGUAUCGUCAAGGCCGACGAGAUCGUCGCCUGCGUUAAGGAGGCCGUGCAAGUGCAUGAGAGGCGGUCUGCCGAAAUAACGGUGAAUAGCGACGAACAGAAUGCAGUGUUUGUGCGAAUCACCGAAGAUGCCGCAUUACCAACGACCAUUGAGCUGACCGAUGAUGAUGCCACAUUACUAUCUGAGAAACCGGAAGCAGCAUCCACGAGACGUUUGUCGGACGUCGACCGAAUUUUAUUAGAUAGUUUGGACAUUACACUAUCCAGGAUAAAACGUACCGGCAAAUUUUUAACGAUGCAUAAAAGACGACGUAAAAAGCUCGUUACAAGAUCUCUCAAUCAAGAACCGGCUAUAUUGGAUGACAUUUUUCAUGGUUUAGUUCAGUGUAUUUUGCAAAAAGCCGGAAACUGGCGAUUUAACGCUUUCACGUUGGAAACAGUUACGGGUGGACGUUCUCUGCCAGUAUUAUGCGUUCAUCUAUUUCAUUGGUACGGGCUCCUUGAAUAUUUUAAUUUAGAUGUCGUUACUGUUUGGAAACUCUUCGCUUUUAUCGAAGAGGGUUAUCACAGUACAAAUCCUUACCACAACAGUAUACACGCCACGGAUGUUACUCAGGCGAUGCAUUGUUUCCUCCAAGAGGAAAAAAUUCGAACGCACUUAACCCAUUUAGAAAUUAUGGCUUCCUUGAUAGCUGCGGUAACCCACGAUUUGGAUCAUCCAGGUGUUAAUCAACCGUUCUUAGUCGCAACGAGUAAUCAUCUGGCUGCAUUAUAUCAGAAUACGUCGGUUCUGGAGAAUCAUCACUGGAGGUCCGCCAUCGGAUGUCUUAUAGAAAGCGGUGUUUCCGAUCAAUUACCAGGUGAAAUAAAAUCGGAACUUCAACAUCAUAUCAGUUCGUUGAUUUUGGCUACGGAUAUCACGAGGCAACAGGAAUUCCUUACAUGUUUUAGGCAUUAUCUGGAUGAAAAUAUUCUUGAUAUGAAGAAAUCCGAGGAUCGUCAUUUCAUAUUGCAGAUAGCAUUAAAAUGUGCCGAUAUAUCGAAUCCAUGUAGGCCCUGGGAUAUAUCAAGGAAAUGGUCUUACAAAGUCUGCGAAGAAUUCUUUCGACAAGGUGAUUACGAACGUCGCCUUAAUUUACCAGUAACGCCAUUGUGCGAUCGACACUCGACAAGUAUUCCAAAGAUUCAAGUUGGAUUUUUCAAAUUCGUCGUUACGCCUCUUUACGAAGAAUGGCAUCGUUUUCUUGGUGAUGGUUUAAGCGUUUCCUUGAUGGAAUAUCUACGUAGUAAUCAGAAAAAAUGGGAAACACUUAUAGCCCAAGAAACCGCCGAAGAUACGGAAACAGAAAUUUCGGAAUUGGAGGAAAUAGAUAUUAUUAGUUCCGGGGAAGAAAUCACCGGGGAUGAUGAUUCAGGUAGCAUAGAUUUAUUGAUUCCAACGUCAUACAUACAAGGUACUAAAAGGUCCAGUUUGCCAGGGAAAACAAUAUUCGGUCGAGUCGGUAGACGUCAUUCUGUACCUCUUAGCGUAUCGAAACCAUUAUCCCUAUCGAUUCGAAAUACAGACAGGAGAGAUAGUUUUCCAAGCGAACACGGUAAAUUGAAGAAUCAUACGAUUAAAUUGAAGGAACAAAAUCCUUUGGAACCAAGUACAUUGUCAUUGUUAUCGUCAAAAACGAGUAUUAUAGGAGGAGAAUCGUCGGAAAAAUGUACUGUCGUUGAGAGACCUGUCAGCGCUGAAAAUCUAUUACCGGAGCCUAGUAUAGCUAGUAUAACCAAUAGUACCGAAGCAUCGAGAUUAAGUACGGUCCUUCAGUCAGACAAUCAGAAAGUUGCUACGCAAAUGAAACAAUUGACGAGACAACAAACCUUCCCGCCAUUGCAACCAUACGCUAGAAUGAGAUAUAUGUCAACAACGGCAGAAUUGUCUCAAUGUUACACGCAGAUUUUAAUGGAGGCCGAUAGUAUUUCCAGUUCUUCUUCGAGUCCUACAAAAGAUAAAUCUUGUUCCGGUGGUCGCUGUGGAACACCUCCAAUUCUAGACAUGGAUGUAAUUUCAUUUAAGAAAACAACUGGCAUUAAGUCAUCGAGAGAAUCUCUUUCGUCUGAUAUAUUAUGCAGAAAGAGAACCUCGACUUUCGCAGAAUUAAAUAGACAAAAAUUAGAGUCUAAUCUUAAUGCUGAAUAUCCAAGGCGUCACUCCAUGCAAGUCGUUCGUAACGACGAAACGAAUUCGAAACAUCGACAUAAACGACCAUCUUCGGCUCAGGGAUCUGACUCUACCGAAGUAUUUUAUGCUUCUUUAACUGGCUCCCACAGCAAUAAGGAUUCGUUUGGUGAUAUACAAAAGAUAGAAUCCAACAUCGAAAUUAAGCCUAGUCCGACGAAGUUACCGUCUGAUGAAAUACGAACUAUUUUGGCAAGCAAAAUAUCGGAACACUAUACGUUAACCCAUCAUAUUAAAAUUAAAAAUACGGAUUCGGAAUUACGUAGAUAUUCAACCCCUGUAACCGAAUCCAAACCGUUGACUGAUAAUACCGGUAGACGAUUCACUACGAUACCUGUAUCUUCUGAGCUUAGCACUCAUAAAUUUUUCAUUGGCAGUCCUCCCGACUCACCUCCACGGGUUCAAAGUGUAUCCUCUUCAAGCGAUAGUGGUAGUGAACCAAGAAGGAGUAUCGGUGAUUCGACUGGUGAAAGUUUAACCUCAACUAAUAAAAAGGAUUCUGAUUAUGUGAGGGAGAAAGUUUUCAAGAUCGCCAAACUAAGUUUCGAUGUGCAAAUGAAAGAGAACGUCGAUCCACGAGGCUUCGAAGAAUCCGGCAAAAAUAUCUCUUUAUCUCGAAGAAAUAGUCAGGGCUGGGAAAAGAGACGUGGAUCAGCUCCAGUUGCAUUAUUAUCAAGACUAGAUGAUUUCACAAUGAUUUCUAUGCCACAAAAAGUAGAUCAUAGUUGCAGACGUGGUUCCGUACCAGCCGACAUUACUAGGCAUCAAGAUAAUUUAACAAAAGGAGGAUUCAAUCGUUUAGCAUUGGGACCACGAGAAGAAAAUCUUCCCGCACCCAGAAGAGCUAGUCUUCCGCAGGAAGCUACAUUGAGGAAUAUUCUUGGCAAUGUGUUUUCUUUACCCAAUGAAAGAGAAAAUUUCCCGCUGAUCAAUAAUAACAAUAACAAUAACAAUAAUACAGAAAGUAGUAACAAUAAUGGAACAAACAGAGCAUUUGAUAGUAUUGCUUCUGUUCCUGGUAUGCCAUCACCUAGGAGGGGUUCCAUACCAGCAGAUAUAUCAGAGUUAAGACGAGAAUUAUUUAACAAGAGUAACGUCAAUGGGAAACCACGUAACCGGAAGAAAGUCUUAAAAAGAAGAAGUAGCGGUGGACCAGAAAUGUUCGCAGGAGGUAUCGUCGAAGGAAAUGACAUUGGAACGUCCCAUAAAUGGAAGAGAGAACUUGGAAAGAGAGAUUCUAUUCCUGAACCUCUCGUAAAACGACGAGGUUCUCUUCCCAUAGAGAUGGUUGCCGCUUCUCAUGCUGGUUGGAUCUGACGGAAUCGCUAUCUAUGUAUGACAGGAUCAGCAUCAGGAGCCCGAAGAUCCAGCCUCUGGAGGCUUUAGCUUAUGGUAGAAAAAGAAGAAUCAACCAUGGUACCAUCAACAUCAACAACGAUCGACGACACGAUGCAACUCUUUCUACAAAGUAUCAGUGCUCCGCUGAUGACACUUGGUUCUUGAAUUGAAAGAUCGAAAAGAUGCAAGUAUUCUUCUGACCUAUGAUGUGAAAACACGGGCAAGUGCAAGUUAUAUAAACUCAGCCAAAAUUUCAACGUUUGUUCUUACGCAAAAAACAAAAAAAAAAAGAAAAAAAAAAAGAAAAAAAAGAAGGCUUUAACGGAAUUCUAUUUUCAUUGUGUGCGAAAAGUUAUAAUGAUGAUCGUAUUGAAGUUAUUAUAAUCGUUACACCGCGAUAUUACUUUUUUCCUUCUACAUAAAUAAAUCAAAAGCCAUAAGUUUUAACGUUUAUCGGUUUCAAGUAUUACAUAUAAAUAUUUGCACAUUGUUAAGAUUUAACAUUGAAAAUAUUAAGUAUCAAAUUAGAAAGAAAUACGAUCAUAAAGAUGACUGAACAAAGGAAGAAAAUAACGAGUGAUAAUAUAUUAAAGUCUUCCCUGCGCCUAUAUGGAAGAAAAGUAAAAAAGAAAAAGAAAAAGAAAAAAAAAAAUAUGUUCUCACUAAGAAAACUAAGUGGUAACAUAAUGUGCGUGCCACAUUAAUUUGUGCCAUACGCCAAAUUUUGCUAAGAUACGCUAAUAUGAAUCUGGCGAAAAAAAAAAAACUUAGUGCGCCCGCGCGGCUCAA